GUCGGUUCAUUUUCUUCCCUGUCUCCCUCCAUGUUGGUCACGUGGUUAACGGCGCUCCCUCUCCCACCACUCUUCCUCUAUUCUGCACAGACGGGCGGGCUGAAAGCACAUAACAUUACAAGGCGCUGCGUGAGGACAAACACGCUCUGAUUGGAAUAAGCUGAACUUGAAUCCCUUCAGUGGCUCGGGAUACUUGAGAAUAAAAAGGCUACGACAUCAGCUGGACAUUUCUGGGGUAAUAAGACGUAUUUAAAAACUUUUAUCCUGGGGAACACUCCCAUCUCAUACCGCUCUUAUCUGUCAACCAGCGAGUCCAGGAGAAGUUGACAGGCGCGUGAAAAAGCCUACAGUGGUCCAGGUCAAGGACAGAAGAAAAGCAAGCGUCUAUAAACCGCAGUGGUCGAGGAUGGACGCCCUGGUUUCUGUGCUGAGUAGUCACCCAGGCUCCACUGUGCUGGUGUUCGCUCUGAUUUUCAGGCUGAUCCACCGGUUGCUGCAAAGGUUGCCUGUGCCCAAAGCAGUGAAGCAGCAUGACCACACUUGGAAGUGGAGGAACCUAAACGUCUCAAUGGUGCACUCCCUGCUGACAGGGACAUGGGCCGUGACUUGUGCGGUGGUUUGGCCCGAGACGUUGAGCAACCUUCACUCUUACUACACCUCUCUGUCAUACCUGCUCGUCUGCGUCUCCACAGGAUACUUUGUGCAGGACGCAGGUGAUAUUAUCCUGACAGGACAUGCAAGAGCAUCAUGGGAAUUUUUAAUCCAUCAUUCGCUUGUGAUCUCGUGUUUCAUGUACAGCCUCUACACUAAGCUGUAUGUAGGCGGCGCUGUAAUCGCUCUCUUUGUGGAGGUCAACAGCGUCACACUGCACCUGAGGCUGCUGCUGAAGCUGGCGAACGCUCAGUCCUCUCCCAUGUACCAAAUCAACAAAUACCUCAACAUCUUCACCUACAUCACGUUUCGUCUGAGCACCCAGUUCUACCUCACCUGGUACAUCGUCCACAACUACACCUGGCUGGACAAUGGUUCAUUCUUCCUCGCCUCCAUGAUAGCGAUGAAUAUUAUGAUCCUGAUUUAUUUCUACCGCCUUCUACGUGCUGACUUCUUUCCCCGGAGCUGGAGAUCUGUGAGACCGGAUGGGACACAUAACAACAACUCCAAAAGGUUUCUCACUGAUUGACUGGGGGAGGUCUGUGGACUUAUUUAGCGUUUGUUUUUUUACUGGAAGUUUAAACCACUGCCAAAGACCCCUACCCCAAAACAACUUUUGGAAGAACAAGAUGCAGCCUUGUUCAGAAAGGUUGGAAAUUCAAUGCAACACAGCUUUAAUUGAAGCCAAAUUCAUAAACUCUUGUAACAUCUCUCAAAACCUUGCAAUAUUACUAAUUUCACUUUCAGCUAUCCUGGCUCUAUAAAAAAACAUCUCCAAUAAAACCAUAACCUGAUGUUU